AUGCACUUCACCGCUAUGGACGCUGACAAUAUUCAUCAGCUGGCGAUCAACUUGUCGUCGGACGACAUCGCGGUAUCAUCCGAUGCCACGAAGCGGCUGCAGGAGCUUCUGAGGCCGCAGCAGAUUGUUGCCAUGCUGAAGGAUACGUCAACAACACACGCGCUACGUGUACUUCUAGGGGAGAUGGAGUUGGUCGGUAACACAGACGUCUUUCACUUUAUUGGCCGAGCGCUAGAAAACGUGUUCACACAACCGUCGAGAGAGAGCAAUGCCAUUCUUUUUGCUCCUGCUGCUCAGUUCCUCGUUGAGUUUAUCGUGCGGUCAGCCGCGGCCGCCGACACAGCCAUCGCUUCAAGCGUGUCAAAGGUGCUCACUCAACUCAUCACCAUUGCGGGGGACAAUGCCGAGGCGGCUGCGUUUCUCGGACCGUGCCUGGACUCCAACUUCCACAGCGAGCGGAUACUUCGACUCAUUGAUUGCGAUGCUGUCGAGUCAGUGGAAAACAAAACAGUGUGCCGCUUCCUGGAACGGUGGACGUCUCUGCUUCCUUUUAUGUUUGAUGCCACGUUGGAUGCGUUCGAGAAUGACCCAUUGCUGCAAGCCAACUAUAUCAUAGCGAGUGGGGUGGCGUGUCGCACGGUUGCCGUUCCAUCUUCACUGUGGCAACGCAUGAUGGAUAUUCUACGCACGAACGACGAUGCCUUGCACUUUGUGUAUGUGUGCCGCUUCUGGAGCAUUGCGUUGCUCCGUCACGAGGCAAACGGGAAACGCGACGCUGCCGCCUGCGUGUCUGCUGUUAUGCCAGCCGUGGAGGGGAGCGAGAGGGAUGAGAAAGGCACUGAAGCCAUCUUCGACCUCCUUGGCUCGGCAGCCUCGACGCAAGCGGGCUGGGACGCUGUCACAGGGCAGCUGCCAUGCAAAACACUGCAGGUAAGACUCUCUGGCACCUCGGCCUCCCUGCGCCUGUCCACGCUGAAUCUGAUGCAUUCCAUGCUUACCUCGUCGCACAUGAGUGCAUCGUUCUUCACAAAAGACUUGUUGCUGGACGCGUGGAAGACGCGCACUACCCCCGAUGACGUGGUGCGUCUCGCUCUCUGGCGGGUAGCGAAUGCGGCUCUUCUGCAGGAGAGCUUGAGUCAAAUGUUAGGUGCUAUGUUCGCAUCUUUCUUGAGCAGCGACGCUCACGAAGAGAACGUCUCCGUGCGGUUACUGAAGUUGACGGCCGCCAAGCAACUUUUGUACCACUCCACUCUGCCUGAGAACGUCAAAACUCGCCUUUCACAGGUUGUCGAACGCGGCCUCUACCCUGCCGGCUCCAGUGGUGUCUCCCUCACAACGAAGGACUGA